UGGCCGGGGAUCGAACCUCGGACCUUGUACAUGAUUGGUGAGCGUCCUAACCGCUGUGCCACCGACGCUCAUACACUGUACUGUGAUACUUAAAUUUGUCCUGAAGGUUUGUCGGCCUAUUAUGUCAGUAGUGGUCUUUCUAAAUGUCAAUGUAGGGUGUAUAUGUAGACAUCACUUAUUUGCUUUUGCUUAUGGUCUCGUAGUUCAUUGGGGGAGAAAUGUAAAUCAUUUUGUUCCCAUUUCCUAUCUAAAAAUUGCUUGAUUGUUUUAUUUUCUGAGAAUAACAUAUUGGGUCAUUUGUAUUACAAGAGAUAUAUUCGUAUUUUACACAUAUUUUAAUCUGUAAGAACUAUUUUAACUGUAUGAAGGUCUACAAAACUAAUAUUUGACAUUUUCUGUUUCAGUAAUAUGCGAAUAUAGUUAAUCAGUGUUAGCAUUAUCUAGUUGUCUUUUUGUCUUAAUCGAUCAAAUAAAGUAUCGAUUUUACUUUGAAUUCGUUCGCAGUUUCUUGUUUUAUGUGUGCAUUCACAACUCAACAGAAAAUAAUUUUUCAAAGUAAACAAAAAUGACUCGUUCAAGACGUUUUGAAUCUCGAAGGGCUCGUGGAAGAUAUCAUCAACGUCGCAUAUCAGAUUCUCAGUCUUAUAGAUCUCAUAGACACAGUAACCCUGAAUUUGGACUGAUUUCCUCAAAUUGUAAUCAUUCAACAAAUAUGAUGGGUGAUGUUGCAACCAACAGACGGCGUUCAUCCAUGGCAGUGACAUGUGCUCGUGAUACUAGAUUUGGGUCACACACAGGAUGUUUACCUGUUACUGGGACUUUAGAUAAUUCUUUAAGACCAGUGAAUCGGUCUUCAAAUAGUACAAGAACAUCAUCUUCAUCGUACCGAAGACGAACUUGCCCAUCUCGUAGAGCAUCUGUUAUUGCACGAAAACGAGUCAGAAGCACUUCAAUAAGUAAAACUCGCAGGUAUUCCGCGAAACGGCGUCGCAAUAUUCGUCAAAGACGAGAAAAGCCUAGUCAAACGGGAUCAUUUUCAGUGCUUCAAAACCCUGUGUCAGGUAGUGGCGAACAUGUCGAAUCUUGUUCUACUAAUCCAAGUCCUGAUAACCUUCAGGAAGUGAACUCAAAUGUUUGUAGUACUAAUGAAGAAACUGAAGAUGUUUCAAAGAAUGUUUAUUGUUCAACAGUAGGUGUCAACGAAUCAAUAACUAGACAUCCCUUUUUAUUACUAUCUUCUCAAUGUAAACGAAGUCUACCUACGUUAAAAUCUAAUUUUAUUUCACAAACAAGUCCACGAAAACAAACAACUGAUCAGCCUUUACAAAGAGCUUCUUGGCCAACAAAUUCAGUGUCUUAUUAUGAUUCACUAAAUAGUACAUGUCCAAAUAUAACCUCUAAUAAUAUGAUAACUGGUGGGAAUGAACUUUCAAAUAAUGAGGACUGUGCAAAAGAGCGUAAACUACGUGAAAGUGAUAAUAAUAUUAUUGAUUGUGCUGUUGUUUCAGGUGUUGAACAAGGCCUAAACCAACUCUCUCAUGAGUUUGUAAAUGAGACUGCUGAAAUGAACAAUGCCAAUGUUAUAUCAGAGGAUGAUGAUCCUUAUUUCUCAUCGUACUCUACUACAAAUGAUUCUUUUUCAUAACUGAGCACAAGAUAGAUAGUGGCUAUUAUCUCUUUUCUUUUAUUCUAUCUGUGAUUGAGAAAGCUGCUUGCUUUUCUGGCUUUAUUUUGUGAAUAGGAGAUAAUUAUCUUCAUUUGAUGGAUCUACGUUCAAAUGCAUAUUGAUUAAAUUCAACCAAUCGAAAUGGUUAAAAAAUAUUCCUCGAACCAUUUUAUCAAUUAUCAUAUCUGUAAUACAGUUAAUCGAUCAAACGCAUUUACGAUUUUUGCUUUUUAUAUUUCGAUGGGUUUGGGGUAUUGUCUAUGUAGUAGUUAUUGCCGGUUUUUGCUUAGUCUUAGAAAAUGAACUUCCGGAAUCACUUGUUUUCUGUGGUUUUUGUGACUUGAAGAUUAGUAAAUGCUUGAUUUUCAUACCUGUCCGUUACUGGUCCUGUUUCUUUUUACACUAAGAAUGUACGCG